GCAACGGAGCUCAGGGUCUGUGCUGUGAUGGUUUGCUUUUAUAAUCCUGCAGAUUUACAGUUUGAAAAAGAUCUGCUCAUCAGUGAGGUCAGAAAAAUAAAUUAUGUGACAGAAGAAAACUGAAGAAAUAAGUUAAAGCAGGUGGACAUGUCGCACAUUUCAAUAAAGCUUUGUCUUCUUUUGUUAUCACUAGUUUAUGCCAUAGAUGACAACUGCCUUAUUGCCAUCAUUGAGGAGACGGUGCAAAUUCCCUGCUCUUUGGACACUUAUGAGCCCUUAAAGAGAGAGGAUAUCUCAGUUGGAUGGGAAACAUAUGAAGGUCUCAUUGUUCAUACUUUUAAAAAGGGAAAAGAUUAUCUGGAAAAUCAGGACUCCAAGUUUAAAGGCCGGACACAACUCUUCUUACCUGAACUGCCACGUGGUAAUUUCACACUGAGACUGUCUGAUGUGUCAUUAACUGAUGAAGGGGAGUAUGUCUGCCGUUACUACAGAAUUGGGGAAAAGAGCAGCAGCAAUCUGUCACACCAGUGUCUUCAAGUUGCAGGUCGUUACUCUGAUCCCAUUGUUCAUGGACCAGCAUCACCAGUGCUUAAAGACAGUGAAGUCAACUUCACCUGCAAAUCUACUGGAGGAUAUCCCAAGCCAAAAAUUCAGUGGUCAGUGAAUAAGGAGCCAUUUCAGGACUCAAGCCGAGUAGACACAAGAUUGAGCAAAGACAGCAGGGAGCGCUACAAUGUGACCAGCAUCUUGACUGUGAACAUGACAGAAAAAGUAACUGUGUCCUGCUCUGUUGAGAACGAAAAACUGAGAGACAAGAGGGCAUCACCUGAGACUGAGUAUCUGAUUAAAACUGAGGAAGAGGAAGAGCAAGACAACAUAACAUUCUGGGUGGUGGUAGGGGUAGCAGUGGCGAUAGUGGUAGUGGUGAUUGGAGAGAUUGUGAAGUAUAAUUGGGGUAACCAGCAUCAACCACCUGGUGUGUUAAGGCUUAAUGUGAGGUUUCCAUUUUCUUCAUGGAAUUCAUGAAACAUUUAUCACAUGUGUGCCCAUGGCUUUACUCUUUUACGAGGUGAGGUCAUUUCAUCUCUAAAGCAUCUGUCUGUCAUCCUAGUCAUCAAUGUAACUGUCUGUGUCUCUCCUAUAACUGUCAGGACAUGUCAGUCUAUAAGAAAAUGAAGGGGUCAACUGCACCCACUAAAGGGUACAACAUAGUGUUUGUGUGUGUGUGUGUUUCUGUCCUUCUGAGGUUACAAGGCUGCGUUUGUCAGAAUUACUCUUAAUUCCACAUGCAGAGUUUGAAGUCUCUUUUAGCUCUUAUGGUCAAACUGAAUUCUUUAAAUGUCCCAAAAGUCAUUGUUACAUUGCUCAGAUUUUUCAGCCACUUGAAUGUAUUUACAUUUUCCAAUAAAUGAUCCAAUUGGCUUGCACUAAAAAGCAUGGCUUGGUUAUUCACUUUCAACACAACUUGCAGCCAAAAAUACUUGACGUGGGUUCAGAUGAUAUUGGCAGAUUCUGCUAAUUGAAUUGGGUGGUAAAAAGUUAGACCUACAUGUCAUUUAUUCACUAACACCAUACUGCACUCUUUAAGCAUAUAUCUGGUAAGAUCCUAAAUUUAAAAGGUUUUGAUAUAAUUGUCAGUAUGGAUUCAAGUGCAUUUAUGAAUCCUCUGCUAAAAUGCCAGCACCUCAUUUUCAAUGUAUACCACAGUCAACUCGUUCAAUGUGCAAAUUUGCCUCAGAUCUGUUUUGUCCAGAUACCAUUCUUCUUUAAGACUAGAUUACAGUAUAUUUUUAUCUUAAUUUGCUUCCCUCACAGUUAAUAUGUCUCUUAAAACAUUUGAAUGUGUAGAUUUUUCAAUAUCAACUCCAGCUCCUUUGAUGAUCCUGUAUACUCGUAUGUGGAUGCCAUAAACGGGUUUAAUUGUGAUCUCAUGAUUGAAUAUGUCAGUAAUUUGACUAAAGCACGCACACAAAAAAUCAUUGAUCUUGAAUCAGGCCUCUCACCUUUGGAGGAAGUUCACCCUCAUGUUGCGAAUUAAAUUUUUUACUGGAGCGAGAGCUGCAUUUGAGAUUCACAGCACGAUGACUUGACAUUAUGUGUGUGAAGCUAAACCUAGAAAUAACAGGCAUUGAUUUUACAGAAAUCUGAGGCUAAUGAAAUUUAUUCAUCUAUUAAACAUAAACCAGGUACCCUAACUAACAACCCCCUUGGAUAUAAAUAAUCAUUUUCCAAAGUUUUACUCUGAAUUAUUUACUGAAUAGUCUAAGUCUUCACCUUCAGAAAUGAAUUCCUUUUUAGAUAAAUUGUCACUUUCCAGUCAUUCACAUGAUGACGCCACUGCACUGGAUUCCCCAUGUACAUUAUUUGAAUUCUGGAAAGUCAUCAAGGCCUAAUGAGUUGCCUCCGAGUGUCCUUUCUGCUUUGUGAAAUGAGCUAACACUCCCUUUCAUGUAGAUACUUAAUUCAAUUUGAACUCCUCAAUCAAAUCAGCACUGAUUAUCCUUAUUCUAAAACUAUGAAAAGAGCCAUCUGACUGCUCUAUCGCCCAAUCUCCCACAUGAAUUCUGAUACAAAGUUGUUAGCAAAGCUCCUUGCUCUGCGUUUGAAGAGGUUUAUUCAUAAAUUGAUUCACCCUGAUCAAACUGAUUUCAUCUGCACCCAUCAGGCAGCAGAAAAUAUGUGUCACCUUCCACAUGUGAUCGAUGUAGACCCCCAUGCUACUUCAACCCACAGUGGAGGCUUUUGACUGUAUGCAUUAAGAUUUUUUGUGGAUGGCAUUACAAACAAUGGUUUUUUGAGCAAGGUUUAUCAACUUGAUCAAGACCUUAUACUCCUGCCCCAUCACUUCAGUUCUCACUAACUCAAAAAUUUCUCAAUGAUUUUGGAUUCAGAAUGGUGUCAUGCAGGACUGUCCAUUAUCUCUGUUACUUUUUAAUAUUCCACUUGAAGCCCUUGCUAUCUCUAUGCUCAGAAUUGAGUUGACCACACCAUCGCAGCUCAUUACUCACACCCUAAAUUUUCUUUAUAAGCCAACAAUAUUGUGGACUUUCCUGGUAAUGCCCCUGCUGUUCUACCUCACAUCCUUGGUUUUUUAAAUUUGAAAAGCUGUCUGGCUAGAAACCUAACUGGUCAGUCUGCUCUCCUUCAGUUGAAAUCCUUGUGCCACAAGCAACUUUUUACAUUGUACGCCCCUUUGGUUAACUCAUUGAAAUAUUUUGGUAUUGCCAUUUCUCAGUUCCUGUAAAGCAUUUUAUCAGCUAAUAACAUUCAUAUUUUUUACAACUGCUAAGGAAUCCCAUUUUUCAUGUUCCUUUCUUCCACUAUCUUUUCAUUCCGAUUUGCAGUUAUUAGAAAGAAUAAAGUCCCUUGUUUUAAUUAGUACCAUGCUCCCUCUAUCUUCCCCUAUAAAAUAUCAGUCAGAAGUUUGAUCUCUUUUGUCUGACUUUAUACGGAAUGUUAAGAGACCUUCCAUUAAGCACUUCACUUUGAUUCAUCAUAAAUCUGAGGGCAAGGUGUCUCUGCCAGACCUAGAGUUAUAUAAUUGGGUGUUUACCCUCCAACCAAUAUGGAGCUGGUUAAAUACUCCAACUAAUCUACCAUCUUGGUCCCCCUGUCUCCAGCAUGGUGUCCUCUUGAUCCCACUGUGCACUUCCUUUAUUGCCCUGAAGCUAAAGUUGUGCCUCCCUACUUUUAGUCUUGAAUACUCUCUUUACAGAUUUGGUGAAAAGUGGUGAAACGUCUUGGCACAACCAUACCACUGACUUCCAGAAUCCUGUCCUCUGUGUUGGCAUGCCCAUUUAUUUUCAGCCAUUGUCUGGUUAGAGAAUCUAGAUGCGUAGUGACAUUUAUAACCAAUAUGGACUCAGAAUGUUACAACUAUUCAUGUCCAGGUUUUCUGUUCUUCCUUCCUUCCUUUUUUCCAUCUACAGAUCAGAUCAGUCCUUAAAGCCAUUAUCUUCUGCAUUGCUUUCCCAGCCCUCUUAUAAAUUUUCCUACUUAUUAUCUCCAAACUUUGUGCCAGUAUCAACUUUAUAGGCAAGGUUUUUUUUUCUGUUCUCCACUCAACUUGUAUGAAUAUGUCAAUCUGUGCAACAAAACAUGUACCUAUUCAAAUUUCAAGUUUGUUUGAUAGUUAUUUUACCUGAUUAGAUAAAUUUCCAAUUACUGUGUUAUUUUGUGUUUGUACUAUGUAGUUUCAUUGCAUUGUUGAUGAGUUAGAUAACAGUUAAAAAUAAAUAACAUGUAAAAAAAAAAUGUUACUAAAUUAGAUAAAUAAUUAGGUAUUCCCAAAAUUAUAUAUUAUUCUAGCCCUGUCUUUUUCUCUUUCAUUCUGUUUAUAUAAAAAAUCAGAGGUAAAUGUGUAAGUAACUGAUUAAUUUUGUUCUGCCUUUGCAAUGCUGUUUGCUUUUUAACUCUUAUUUUCAAAUAAAAAAUUAAAUGUAGGUAAUAAAAAAGGCAAUCCAAAAAUAUGGAAAACAUGAAGAAAUGUGAAUUAAUUCGCAAACAGUACAAAACUGAUGAAAGAUCAAAACAUAUAUGAAAUACAAUUCGUGGAAUUAAAUGUAAGGACAAAGAAGUAAAUGUGUAGUGCAAGUCAGAAAGGUAUGGCAUGUAAAUUUCAAAAUGUACAGUUUUAAAGAAUAUAUAUAUACAUUUAUUAAAAUGACCACUUACUGGAAAAAUUAUAAAACAAUGAUUUUAUUGAUUGUAAUGUAGUUUAUUAAAUUAGUUCAAAUAAUCACCAUAAUUACCGAUAUAACAAAUUUCUUUCGCUGACAAAAUAACGUGUAACAAUGAAAAACAAACUUACCUACUGUUAGUGUUCAUUUUUUAGCCAAUCAUACAUGACAAGUUUUGAGCACAAAUACUUAAUAACACUAAUAACUAAUAUAUUAAUAACUAUUAAUAACUUCACCAAUGAAUUAAUUACCUUUCAUGGAAAUUCAUAACCACCACAAUGAAGAAAAUUUCACAAACACUAUUAAAUCACUAAAAGUACUGUAUUUUAAACAUAAAACCAAAACAAAAGUGAAAAGUAAAUUUCAAAAAACCACAGUUCAAAACAAUUUUGGAACUCAAUUUGGCUUAAGAAAGACAGUAACAAAUACUUAAAUGAUGAAAUAUCAUUUGUUUAACAGAUAAACCUUCUGCAACAAUAUCACAGAAUGAACUGUCAAGAAAGUAAAUUGAAAUGUUUUCAGUCAAUCAAAGUGGAGGGGUCAAUUCAAGAAAAUCCCUAGUUCUGGGUAAAAAGAUAGACGCAAAUUUGAUGCCUAUAAAAAUGUCAAUCCUAUGAGGUAAUGCAUUUUAUUAUACCAGAUGUGUCACAUUGAUCCAUACCAAAUGUCGGAAGUAUACUUUUGUAUACAAACUCUACUAAGUGAUUUUGUUAAGACCAUUGUUGAGUGCCAAUUUGCCUGCCUUUUGUUAAGCACCAACUGUUCUCUGCUCAACUUUCCUUACUCUUGUUCAGUUAAAGUAGAUUCCACUUCCAGUUGUCCGAUUAUAAUGAAAUUUCAUAUCUGUGUGUUUCUUACAAAAUUGUAAUCACUUAUCUUUGUUUAUAAUACAAGUUUAUAUGGCAAAGAACUAUUGGUAAUCUGACCAAACUGAAAUUUCAAAUCUAAUUGUUUUUUGUGGUCAGUAAUAUAGCACUUGACCAGUCACCUGAUCAAGGUAAAAUUUUAUAUGUAACGAUAAGUAAUGAUCAUGCAAAAAAUAAAUUAUUUAUCUCUGUUUAUAUAAUGGUAGUGAUGCAUAUGUAAUAGUGCUGAUACCUGUUAUGAUAUCAUUUCCGGUUAUCCGAUUAAGGUGAAAUUCUAUAUCUAUGUGUUUCUAUGGGUAACUAAUGACGAUAUAAAAAUGCAAUUAUCUGGGUGUUCUUAUAAUGCAAUUUCACAUAAGAAAUUACUAUUAAUUGUCAAUUUAAACUAUAUACCACUUUAUUUGAAAAAAUUUGAAAGUAUCUUGCCAAAAAGUUGAUAGAAAACUAACAUUUUGAUAUAACACCCAUAUCUCGCUUAAAGCAUUCUCAAGUUAUCGUGUUUCAGACACACACACACAGACAUAAUUGCAAAAAUGGUCAAAAUAUGAUCAGGAGCACAUGAAACGUGGGGAUUCAUGAAAAUCUCGAGGUUGAAUUUCUUUGCGAUUACUAUACUUGGACUUGCACCCUCUUUUAGGUGACCCAGUCUGAGGUUAUCAGUUCCCAGCAGCUGUUGAACACAGAGCCUCCCUCUUCAGCCAGAGCCACCUACGGCUGUCUCUGCAGCAUCUGUAAUUGCCUUGAAAGCAAUUACAUUUUGACAAUUCCAAGUCAAUGCCAAAUUUGGCCAUAACUUGGCAGCAACAAUUGCCUACAAAGCUUCAACAUCCCACCUCUAUUGGCUCACAGCUAGUCUUACAACCCUGUCUCCUGAAUUGUUCUACUAGCUCCUGGUACUUCACACAUUUCCUCUGCUGUACUUCGUCUAUGUGCUCCUCCCAGGGUACAGUGAGUACUAUCAUGGUCACUUUUUUUAGUGGUGUUAGAGAAAAUAACAAUGUCUGGCUGGAACAAUCUUGCAGCAAUGUGCUCCGGAAACCUUAACUUCCAAAGUACCAAUGUUUUUUUCAUGUAGUGUUCAGUACUGUUAUUGGGUAAAACUAAAGGUGGUGUUUCUUUAACUGCCUAAAAUAUGUCAUUUGGUAGUUUUUAAUGAGGUGAUACAAAUAGUUUUGUGCAUGUGUGUGUCUUGUAAUUUUUUUUAUGUACCAAUAUUUCUUUAGUAAAUAAUUUUGUAAUAUAUUGACAGAAGUGUGGUU